UUGUGCUGGUUAAAAAUCAUAUCCCCCAAAGCUGAAUGUUUUCUUGUUUCAUUUCAAUGGAAACCAAUUGGUCCCUUUUGCUCAAAAUAUUCUUCUGCCUAGCUCUUUUAUUGGGCCAGGCCACACCCGAUCCCGAUCCGCUUCAAGAUUAUUGCAUUGCAGAUAACCAAAGCCCACUCUUCAUCAAUGGUGUACCAUGCAUUGACCCAAACAAAGCAAAACCUUUCCAUUUCACCACAUCAGUUCUGUCCAAGCCCGCUAGCUCUAACACCAGCCAAUUUGGGUUCAAUGUCAGAACGAUCAACACCGUCGAUUUACCUGGGCUCAACACCUUGGGCAUGACCAUGUCCCGAAUUGACAUAGUGCCGAAAGGCUCCGUCCCGCCACAUUCACACCCACGGGCCUCGGAAGUAACCAUUUGCCUCAAAGGCCAACUUCUAGUGGGCUUUGUGGACACCUCUAAUCGUCUCUAUCAACAAACAUUGCGGCCCGGUGACUUGUUUGUGUUCCCAAAGGGUCUGCUCCAUUUUCUCUACAAUCAAGACUCAAGGGUCCCGGUCCUAUUGGUGUCUGGGUUCAGUAGCCAAAAACCAGGGACUCAAUUAGCAUCAAUUGCCGCAUUCAAAUCAAUUCCUGAUAUUCCUGAUGAGGUAUUGAAGAAUGCGUUCAAAAUUACCAACCAAGAUGUCACCAGGAUUCGAAGAAACCUUGGAGGGUGAUUAUACUUACUUUUUGGAAUAAAGGGUUUGCUCACAAUUAUUUAUUCUUGGAAUGUAUGCUUGCUUGUGCUGGUGGCAUUGAUAACCUCUCUUUUUUUCAUGUAAAAUAGACUACUCAACGACCAUAUUGUAAUCCUUUCAUUUUUUUUUUUUUUUUUUGCUUGAACCAUAUUGAGAACCUGUGAAUUUGUGAUCCUAUUUUUUUAUGUAAUACUUUCAUGAUUCAUGAAUAUGAAAGUAUGACAAUAAAUGAAGUCAAAAUGGAUGGAAUUGAAUGCA